AUGUCCUCAAAUGCUUCUUCUUCAUCAUGGACUAGUUUUUUAAAAUCAAUUGCAUCUUAUAACGGGGAUUUAUCUUCUUUAACAGCGCCUCCUUUUAUUUUAUCACCAACUUCAUUAGUUGAAUAUUCUCAAUUUUGGGGUGAACAUCCUGAUUUAUUAAUUGCUCCAAAUUUUAUUGGUGAUGCUGAUUCUGUUAAUAAAGAUGAUGCUGAUGAUAUUGCAAUUGAAAGAAUCCUUGCAGUUACAAGAUGGUUUAUUUCAACUUUAAGAUCUCAAUAUUGUUCAAGAAAUGAAAGUUUAGGUUCUGAAAAGAAACCAUUAAAUCCAUUCUUAGGUGAAUUAUUUUUAGGAAAAUGGGAAGAUUCAACAAAAGAUUCAAAAUUGGGUGAAACUGUUUUAUUAAGUGAACAAGUUUCUCAUCACCCUCCAGUAACUGCAUAUACAAUUUUUAAUGAUAAGAAUCAUGUUGAAUUACAAGGUUAUAAUGGUAUAAGAGCUUCUAUUUCAACAGCUUCUAUAAAUGUUAAACAAUAUGGUCAUGCUAUCUUAAAAUUCAAAGAUUUAAAUGAAUCUUUUUUGAUUACAUUACCUCCUUUACAUAUUGAAGGUUUAUUAGUUGCUUCACCAUUUGUUGAAUUGGAAGGUAAAUCAAUAAUUCAAUCUUCUUCAGGUUAUAUAUCAGUCAUUGACUAUAGUGGUCGUGGUUAUUUCAGUGGUAAAAAAAAUUCAUUCAAAGCUAGAAUUUUCAAAGAUAAAUCAAGUUCAAGUAAUAAAGAUAGUGCAUUAUAUACCAUAUCUGGUCAAUGGUCUGGUAAAUCUACAAUUUAUAAAGGUUCAUCAACUUCUUCAAAAGAUUGUGCAGAAUUUUAUGAUGCCAAGGCAAAAGAACCAGAACAUUUAUUAGUUAAACCAAUUGAAGAACAAAAAGAUUUAGAAAGUCGUAAAGCUUGGAAAUCAGUUGCUGAUGCAAUUAGAGAAGGAAAUUUUGAUUUAAUUCAUAAAGAAAAAUCAGCAUUAGAAAAUGAACAAAGAGAAUUGAGAAAAAAAGAACAAGAAUUAGGUAUGAAAUGGCAAACAAGAUAUUUUGAAGAGAAGAAUUUUGAAAAUUUACCAAAUAUUGGUGAAGAAAGUGAUCCAUUAAUUGGUUUAUCAACUUUAGCUAAUUUAUCAAGAAAAAAUGUUGUUAGUGGUACUGUUAAUGGUGAUAAAGAUGAUAAAGGUUCAAAUUAUUUACAUUGGAGAUUUGUUAGAUCUAAUUGGGAUAAUGAAACUGAAUAUACCGUUUAA